AUGACGCGAAAGCGGAAAAACGUUGAGAACGGGGACGAGGGCGGGACGAUCCCGGGCUACGGAUACGUCGGCCCGAAAAACGAAGAUCCUCCGUUGGAAGACCAAUCCGAACAGUACGAACAGUGGAGGUCUCAACAGGAACGGAGGCCUUUCCCCAACAAAAAUCAUCGGCUUGGAGGAGCUCCAUAUGGAGAAAGGGCUUCUUGGAACGAGAAGGUGGGAAUUUUGAAGUUUUGGAAAAGUUUUUAGUGGCCGCUAUAGAGGCUCGCCAACGACACUAAAGUGGCCACUAAACCGACCUCUUAAGUGGUCACUAUUUUACGUUUGAGUGGCCACUUCAGUAGAUUUUUAUCCAGUAACUAUGAUAUUUUAAAAAAGAAACAGAUUGGACCAGUUUUGUUGAUCCACUGACCCCUAAAGAGGCCACUCAAAUUUUUAAGUGGUCUAGUAGUCCUUAGACCUCUAUAGUGGCCACUAGAUUGACUACUAUAGUGGCCAUUAAAACGUCAAAACCCUAUAGUGACGACUGAAAAUUCUCCCAAUUUCUCAACGGAAUUUAGGUAUUUUUUUAAUUGAAAAUCGAAAAAAAUCAUAUGUUUUUACCAUUGAUAAAAGGACCAGUUAUACGGAAUUUUUAUGAUUAUUUUACUUGUAGGAAAAAGAAAUAUUUUUUCUUUCUUCCCAACAUUUUCAUACUUUAAGUUGAUUCAAGCGGUUUAUAAAAAUCGAAUAAAUUCGCAAAAAUUAUUUUUUUUUUACCUUAAAAACUUCCUUUAAGGCCUUGAAAAACUGAAAAUAUUACUUCUAAUUGAUUUUUAACUGAUUUGUUGAAAAAUUUGAAUUGAAAAUCCACCGGCUCUGAGCUGAAACUUCUGAAGUUUCGGAAAGAAAUUUGGAUGGUUUUCGAUGAAAAUCGUGAAUAGCAGCAUUUUUUUAAAAGUUUUUUUACGACAUAAAAAAGCGACCAAACCGCCCAACUUUCCCAUGUCACUACCAUCAAGCUUUCAACAAUCUUAUAAGUUCCACCUGAAAAGCCAAAGUUGUGAUAUUCACGAACUUCCAGAAAUCCAACUUUGACCAGCGACAAGACUUCCAGCAGUUUGGCCGACAGGAGGAACGAAAAUACAGGGAAUUCCCCAAAGAAGUCGUCAGCUACCUGAGGAAGAUGGAGCAGCUCAAAAAAGAGCAGAAACUGGGUGAGGACUGGAAAAUGACAUGGGAGUGGAAAAAAUUUUGAAUUUGAAAAUCUCAUGAUUUUGAGGGACACGAGCCAAACAAAUUGAAAAUAGCUUUAAAAAAAAUAAUUUACGAAAUGAUUAGAAGGCUCCUUGGCAAGACCUGUGACACAUUUCAACAUUAUCUGAAAACGAUUUGGAUUUUUCGAAUUUUUAUGAGAAAAAUCUGAAAAUCAUCUCCGUUAUGCCACAAUAAAGACGAAUUUUCCUUUUGAAAACUGUUUUGACGUCAUCGGUUCAGAAGACGUGAUGUUGGAGACGUGCGCCCGAGAAAUCGCCGGAAUGGAAACGCAGCUUCUGGAGUUCCGCGAAGCGUGUACCGUGGUUCGUUUUGAACUCUUCUUUUUUUGAAAAAAAUAAUCGCAGCUUAAAUUCAUUUAAAAACGUGUUUGAAUUUCAUUUCCUGAAUAUUCGUCGAAAUUAUUCCGAAACAUCCAUCUUUUUUUAAAGAACUGCUUUUUGAACUAUUCGAUUACAUGGCAUAAGUUUAUUUUUUUAAUCAACUGUUUAAAAAAAGUGAAAGUUCAUUUGAAAAAAAUUGAAGAAUUUGGUUUAUAAAUUGUGUUUAUUCAAUUCCUAGAGUGGACAUGAAACACAGGUUUUGUCCUAAAAAGGGAGCACAAAAAAAAAAUCGAAAAAAUAGAUUUUGAAACGUUUUCAAACUUCUUUUUUGUUUGCUGGUCGGAUGUUAGAGAAACUUCAUAUCAAGAAUGUUUAUAAAGAAGAUCUUCUGGGGUUGUGAAAAAAGGAACUCAAAUGACUUUUCCUAACAUUUUUGGAGGUUUUAGAGGAACUUUUCAGCUUCUUCUAGGGAUCCUCAAAGGAAACUUCCCGUCUUGCAUAUAAAUAAAAUACCUUGCCAGGUGGAGAACGUGUUCGGAAGCAGCGCCAGCGGAGCCGUCCUUUUCCUGUCGGCUCUGACGAGACUGAAACACAAGCAACUGCUCGAGUUGCUCUUCACUGGAACCUCCGCCAGAACCGUCGAAAAAUUGAUAUUUUGUAUGCAUCCUGUGGCUAGUAUCGAACAUGUUCAGGUAAAGUUUGACGUAUCUUAAAAAAAAUAGGGACUUCUAAUGUCUAUGCAGAAAAAUUGAUAGUUUCUUCUAAAUAGAUGUGAAAAUUCACUUCCAAAGUCGGAAGUGCGGAAAACAGGUGCAAAAAGUAAGUGACUGCAAAGUAGUCGCUAAAAGGGUUCCGUUUCGCGGCCUUUUUUGAGCCUUUCUUUCUUGAUGAGCUGAAAAGCCUUAAAAGAAGGGAGAAAUAAAAUGCCGCAAGAAGGGUGAAGAAAGAGUGAGGGUGCAAAAAGACUCUGAAAGUCUCCGCUAUAGAUGAUUCCCGUUUUUUUUUUACUGUUGCUUAUUUUGGUUCAUACACAGUCGCUGAUAAAGAUUGUUCUCAAUCAAAAGAUUGUAUUUCUUGAAAGGGUCCAAAAAGGGUGGAUAAAGGCUAAUGAAAGGGCGGAAAAGGCAGUAAAAAGGAAACUCUUGCCACCCGUUUAGGAACAAUUAAUGGAAACCUUCAUAGGCAAAGUCGGAAGAACCCUCCACGGGCCCUUUGAGCGUCCGUUACGGAUCCGUCUGUUUCCAUUAAUUGUUCCUAAACGGGUGUCAAAGGUUUCUUUUUUACUGCCUUUUUCCGUCCUUUCAUCGGCCUUCGUCCAGCCUUUUUGGACCCUUUUGAGAAAUACAAUUUUUUUUUAAAAUUAGGAAUAAUUUUUACAAGGGGCUGUGUAUAAACCGAAAUGUGCUAGGGUAAUAAAAUCGGAAAUCAUCAAUAGCAGAGACUGUCAGAACCUUUUUGCACCCUCACUCUUCCUUCCCCCUUGUUGCGGCCUCUCCCUUUUUUCGCCUUUUUAUGACUCUUUUCAGCCCACAAAGAAAGAAAGGCUCAGUAGAGGUCGUAAAAAGGACCCUUUUAGCGGCCAUUUUGCAGUCACUCCCUUUUUGCACCCGUUUUCCGCACUUCCGACUUUGGCAGUGUUUUGCACCCAUAACGGCAUAGGCAAAGUCGGAAAGACCCUCCGAGGGUCCAUAAAGGACCAUAGAAAUGUUCCUUUUAGGGUGAGGAAGGCUCUCUUUUUGCUGCCUUUUUGCACCGUUUUCUCAGCCCUUAUGCACCAUUUUUGCUGCCUCUCCCUUUCUCCACCAUUUCUCGAGCCUUUAAAAUUGCAGAAAAAUGGAAGGCUCGAUAAAGGGAGUCUCUUUGCUGCCUCUUUGCUGCCUUUUUGCUGCCUGUUUGUGGCCUUUUUUGAACCUCUCCCUUUUGGCAGCCAUUAUCCACCAUUCCGACUUUGCCCGAGGGACCCUAAAAGGGUGUUUUUGACUUUGUCUAUGUUGUAUCAAUAAAUAUCAAGAAAAGAUCAAAUCCAGGUGAUUGCCAAGUUCGCGGAUCUGCUCUGCGACAACUGGAAAGACACGAUCUUCGACCAAUCGGCGUCCUUCGUCAUGCGCUGUAUCGUCCGCGUCGUUUCCGGCCUGGGUCCCCGGAAGAAUGCGGUUUUCCUCGAAUCAAAUAAAGAAUAAAGGAGUUUUCUCGUUUUCAGACGUUAGGAUUUAUGUUAGAGGAGGCCGAAUUCACGAAUAAUGAGGUGAAGGCCGAGCUGAAGUCGAUCUACGAGAAGAUCGCCCAGCUCGCCUUCGAUUUUAAGUUGAACUCGGGUUGGUUUUUUUGUUGGAUAAUCUUGGAAAAUGGGAGAUUUAUAACGUGAAUUUUUUUGAAGAGGGGGAGGGAAGUUGAGUAAGUAAAAAAAGAGUAUAUUUACGAAAAAGAAAUUUGAGAAUUUUCAAAAUUCUAUAAAUUUGAUCAGUUUUGUCAUUUCUUAACAGUUUUUUUCAUAGUUUUUGUGGUACUGGAUUUUUCUAAUUUUGACCUCAAAAAUGAUUAAAAUUGCUUUUUUUCCUCACAUCUUUUUAAUUUUAUUCAAAAAAAUUAAUUUUGAGAGGGUUUUUUUCAAUCUUUUUUUCAUAAAGAUUUUGCCAGGAAAAUUUAGAAGAUUUUUUUAAAGUUUUUCUUUUUCGUUUUUUUCUUGCAAUUUUCAGUUCGACCAAUAACCAUUAAUUUAGGAAAUUUCAUUUUUAUUAUUUUUUUGUUUUGUAAUAUUUUUGAAUCAUCAAAUUUCAAUAAUUUCAUUUGUUUAGUAUUGUCCCAUAACGUGGCUUGGUUUUUGAUAAUUUAGAAAUUUUUGGUUUUUUGAGCUCGUAGCUCUGAUUCCUGUUUCUACUCAGGGAUCAUAAAGUUUCAACUUUUUUGUUUUGUUAUUCGACGUUUCAGUUGGGAGGUAUACUGGAAAAGUCGGCCAGUUCGGUCGGUUUGGUAAACUAGGCCACGCCGCAAUUUUGCUCCAUGAAAAACGAAUUUCCGACUUUUUUUUUCCUUUCUUUUAUCAGUUUUCUAGGAUAUAAGACACAUGCUCCUCACUUCGAACCAAACCGUUCCUUAUUUAUAAUUGUUUCCCUAGGUAUAGUCUGUUCAGAUUUUGAAUGUCAAGAAGCUAACUCCGCCCCUGCCGAGACGGUACCCUUUCGCGUCGAUGUUUCAUCGCGCGGGACUAAUUUUGAUCUUUUUCAAUCUAAAAGAUAGAAAAAGAAGUCAAAAAAGCAGCCUUAUUAAAGGUCCAUUGGCAUAUGUAGCUAAAACAUUGACGCGAAAGAUAUUAUAGCCUUGGGGGUGAAGUUAGCUGCUUGACAUUCAAAAUCUGAACAGACUAUAAUGUUUUACCUUUUGUUGGAGGUAAUUUUGUUUCUUGCCUUUUCUUUGUUUUCUAUUUUACACAUUAUCUCAUUUUUCGAUUGCUUAUGAUUUUUAAUUUCGCUCGUUUGGUUAUAUGUAGUUCUUGGUAUCCAAAAAAUAAAUAAGAAUUUUCAAAAAUUGAAUCAGUUUAUAAUUUUAAAUGUAGUAACCAUCGUAUUUUGCUCGCGUGAAAGAUACAGUUGAAUGAAAAAAAUAUAAAACCUUCUUAGUAAAGUUUAAAAAGAAAGAAAAAAAUUCAGAAAAGAAAAAAACAGUUCGAAAUUUUAAGUGUUCCAUGGAGCAAUAUUGCGGCGUGGCCUUGUUUUCCAAACUGACCGACCGACUUUUCCAGCAUGCCCGAUUGCGAUCCAUAUGAUGCCGUGUUAUUCCGCGAAAUCCAAAACAUAUAUCCGUCAGAGAAAGAAUAAGACAAUUGAAUUUUGGAGGGGCAGAGAUAAGAAUAUCGGCUUUCGCGAAAAUCACAUUGAACAUGAUGAUUUGAAUAGAAUUCAGAAAAUUAUUUAUUCAAUUCAAUCAUUUUUUAAAAGUAAUUUUCGACUUUUGCAGGCGAGGAGAACGAAAUGAUGGUUUCUUUCGUUCUUCAAGGAGUCGCCAAUGCCGAGGCGAACUGGAAAAGCGGCCGUGUCGAUGAAUAUGUCCAGAAUAUCGUCUCCAAAGAACAUGCUGGUUUGGAGUUUGCUGUAGAAAAAAAUAUAAAGAUGGAAUUUUUUUGGUUUAAGAAUGGUGCCGUCGCUGUCCUAAAAAUGUCGCGAUUUGCGUUUUUAUUUAUAUACAGUAGCGAGAAUGGGAGAGGCAACAAACGGCUUUUUAACGAUAUCUCCGCUGAAAUUGAUUGGUUUGAGCUGAAAUUUCGCAGGAUUGUAUUAAUCAGAGUGACCAAAAAGGAAGUAUGGAAGGGAAUCCCACGAAACGACCUUGAUGAACUCAUCGACUUCCUGGCACGUCGAUGUCAGGCGGUUCUUGAUGAAAAUGGUCACGCAACAAAAUAUUAACUCUAUUUCUCAGAUUUUUAAAUAAAAAUGUAUUUUGCUCAUCAUAUAUUUCUUUCUACGCAUGUUUAUUGUUGUACAGCAGUUUUUCGAUUUCAUGAAUUUUUUUGAAAAACGUUUUUCUCAGCCUUGUCUUCGAGUAGGAUGACUAUUUUUUUCGCAAUAUCGUUGGUCACUCUGAUUAAUACAAUCCUGCAAAAUUUCAGCUCAAACCAAUCAAUUUCAGCGGAGUUGUCGUUAAAAAACCGUUUGUUGCCUCACCCAUUCUCGCUACUGUAGAUGAAAAUUCAGAGUUCAAUAAAGAGGCUAAAGGAAGGAAAAGAAGAAAUGAAAGCUCAGAUUCAAAAAGCUUUUAUAGAAUUCAAUUAUGAUCCACAUUGCUCAUGUUGUUUUUCAAAGGGUCGAUGCAAAUUUUUCUACCUCGUUAUUUUUUUAAUUUGGUUCAGAAAUUGUGGUGCGAAAAGAAAAUUUGUAUGAAUCAUUAAAAAAUCGCCCAAAUUUUGAGGAUGUGUUGGAGAAUUAUGGACGCUCUAUAACGGAAAAAGAAUAUUAGGAUGUAAAUAUUUAUUGCGAAAUAGUUUUUAAAAGAAGGUACAGAGAAAGAAUAUUUAUUAAAUCUAUAACGAAUUCAUCAGUUUAUUGAGAACCAGGUAGCAUUGUUAAUGUAUUUUUUUCAGCCGAAUCGAUCCAGAAACUGUGGUGCGGGAAGAACAGCUCCCGGUUCUGGGAGUGCAUCGUGGCGGUGUGUCGGGAAGAAACGCGGUCCGCCAUCUGGAUGGCCUCCCUCGCCGACAACUUCCAUUUCUAUUGCACCCACGAGUUCGCCAACUUCCCCCUCCAGCACUUCAUGAUCAACGCCACGUCUUUUGAAUUGGUCAUUUUUCGAAAAAUGAUACGAAAAAGUCAUAGGAAAAAUGGAAAAGUUCCUUCUAGGGCCUUUAGAAGGAGCUUAAAAGGUCCCUUUCAAAGGCCUUAAAUUUAUGGAAAAUGAUUUAUUGAGCUCCCUUUUCAUAGCUUCCAAGAAUCCUUUUUUAAUAUCCUGUAGCCUUUUUUAGGUUAUUUUGAGCAAUUUUUUUAUCAGAAGAAGUGAAAAAUAUCUUUUGGGGGACCCUUAGAAAUUCUUUUUUUGAAAGAAUCUUCUGAGAAACAUUCAAAAAGAGCCUCAAGGGUUCCCGCCACUUUUUCUACGGUUAAAAAAAUCAAAAGUUGAACAUAAUUUACUCCAGGCCAACGAGAUAGCCGACGGAAUCUUUGGACAAAUCCCCGAACUCCUGGCCAACCAUCGGGAAGGCGUCGUCCGGGCUGCCCUCCAUUGUGUGGCGCGUCAUGAAUCCCUUCAGGAGCCCAUUUUGAAACAGCUUCGCACGGUUUUCAGGGCUAAUAAGGUGAAUAAAGGGGAUAAAUUUGUUGCAAAAUUCACUUCAAGAAAAUGCUAAUUGAAGUUUUGGGGCGAGAUGAAGCGGCAUUUGUGUGAAAAAAAUCAAGUGAGCGUUUAAAAAAAGUUAUUAUGAGUUUUAAGUGCUCCAAGGUCAAGGCCAAACAAGCAUGAUUUUUUCAAAAAGGCCCGUUUUAAAAACAGAACAAGUUUUUUUUGCUCCAAAGUACCGUUUUGCUCAUUUUUAAGCUGCUUUUUUGUCUGUGAAGCUCAAAAUUAUUGGAUUAUUCUUCAUAUGGAGACUGGAAUUUCCAGCUUUGAGUUUUCGUUUUUUCAUGUUAUACUGGGAAGUAUUUUAGUGGCCACUAUAGGGUUUUGAUGUUUUAGUGGCCACUAUAGAGGUCUAAGUGCUACUACUAGACCACUAAAAGUUUUAGUGGCCAAUUUAGGGGUCAAAGGAUCAACAUAACUAGUCCAACCUGUUUGUUUCGAAAUUAUCAGAGUUACUGGAAGGAAUACUGGAUGAAAAACUACUGUAGUGACCACUAAAACGGGAAAUAGUGGUCACUGUAGAGGUGGGUUUAGUGGCCACUUUAGUGUCCUCUCCAAGUAGUCCUUGCGAGCCUCUACAGUGGCCGCUAAACAUUUUCCCAGAGCGAUUAAUUAAAAACUGAUGAUUUGUGAAGUCAGUCUCAAAAAAAAAGAAGGAACAUACAAAUCAUAGAAGCCGUUAGAAUUUUGUAUUGCAGGUCUCUAAUAAAACCUCGUUUCUGUACAACGUCCUGACGAAUAAUCGGUACGACGGAGAGGUUUUCGACGUCGAAAAGAGUACUUUACAGGUUCUUGAAUUGAUUUGAUAGCAAAUCAAGAAAUUUUUAAUGUUCAGGGAAGUCUAUUGUUGGCCUUGCUUCUGAGGUUCACGAAAACGAAGACUUUGAGCGCCUGUAUCGAUAUUAUUCCGCCGGAGACGGUCAGGGAAAUGGUAAUUUCUUUUUAUUUAUUCAAAAUACGUUUAGAGAAUCUCGUCUGAAAGUUGAGAAAAUUUUCUAAAAAUGUUUAUUGAUGGUUUUUUGGUUUUGCUAGAAUUUUCUAGGUUUCUAAAAUCGCUUUCCUCAACAUUCUAGGUCCCUAAAUUUAAAUAGAAAAUUUCGAGCUUUUUUUAGUGGUCUGGCGUUUUUUGUUUAAGAAAAAGGAGAAAAAUAGCAUGAAGAGUGAAUUUUUGGGGAUUUCUUUGAAAUUUCAAACUCAUAUUCUUUCUUGAGCUCAUUGAGGUUUUUUUGGAACCUUCCAAAUUUUUAAAUCGGUGAAAUGGGUAAUUCAAAGUAUUUUUUAUCAGCGUAGCGUUUUUUUCGAGUUCAAAGUUGAGAAAAAGAGAAGCAUAACUGGCUUCUGAAGACUUUUUUGUGUCAAUUAUAAAAUUUAAAAGUUUAGAACGGGCUGAUAAAAGCAAAUUUUACCGAUUUAUUUGUAAUUUUUUUGCAAAAUGGUUUUUUAUUGAAAGAAUGGUGAAUUUUUAUUUUUUUGGUUUUUGUGCUUUCGCUAAUAUUCAAUGAAAAGAUCUAAUAUUUUUGAUAUUACGUUGGUUUUUUUCAAAUAAAGGGUUUUUAAUAGUUUGUGAAUAUUUUUCAGAUAAAGCCUUAUUUUAAAGUUUCAAAUUGCGUUGAUGAAAUAAUUAAGAGAUCUUCACUUUGAUAUCAAAUUUUUCUUUUUGAUGAAUUUAAAAAAAUGUUUCAGCUCACAGUUUCUCGCAAAGGUUAAAGAGAACGUUUCAAUUUCUUUUCAUUAAUUAAAACUGAAUGUUUUUCUCUAUUUUUUUCUCUAUUUUUGUAGGCCACCAACAAGACGGCGAAUCACGUGAUUCAGGAGAUUUUCCUGAGCAAAACGCUGGAUUCCGAGACGAAAACUAAAGUUGCCGAUUCACUUCAGGUAUUUAUGCGGAGAAAAGGACGAUUGGAUAAUUUUAGAAUGGUCUAGGAGGACUGGGAAUCGGUUAUCAACACAACUUAUGGAAGUUUCGUGUUCGAGAAAGUUUGGGAAUGGUACGAAGUCCGGAAGAAAAUCGAAGUGAUGCAGAAGCUUUCCCAGGCUAAGGUAAUCAUCAUAGGGAAAAUCUCCAGUGGGCACUUAAGGGAUUCCAAAAGGACUACUUGGGAAGGACUCUAAAGUGGUCACUAAAACCCCUACUAUAGGAAAUUUAGUAUGUCCAGAAGGUCUUUGAAGGUCUUAGAAAACUCUAGUGGCUACUUAAGUGGUUCCUCAAGGAGCAUUGGGAGAGGACACUAAAGUGGCCACUAAACCCACCUCUAUAGUGGCCACUAUUUUCCGUUUUGGUGGCCACUUCAGUAGUUUUUCAUCCAGUGUUCCUUCCAGUAACUCUGAUAAUUUUAAAACAAACAGAUUGGACCAGUUAUGUUGAUUCAUUGACCCCUAAAGUAGCCACUAAAAUUUUCAGUGGUUUAGUAGUAGCACUUCGACCUCUAUAGUGACCACUAAUUUUCAACCCCUUAAGUGGCCUCUCAUUUGACUACUAUAGUGGUCACUGGAACGUCAAAACCCUAUAGUGGCCAUUAGAAUUUUACCCAGUCAGUUCAUAACUUUGUUAAGAAUGGUAUAGUGGUCCCUAGAGAGGCUAGAGAAAAAAAAAUCAGGCGUUAAAGUAGCCCCUGGAGGGUUUAAAUUGAGUGGUCCCUAUAGGGGUCUAGGGUCUGACCUUUAAGCCCCUGAAGUUUAAGUGUACCUUAUAGUGGUUUUUUUGUUUUUGUUCAUAAGAUGAAAGGGAUAAAUACGUAUCUGAUAAUACUCGAUCGUUUUCUUGAUAUGUUUUUUUAUUCAAAAAACGCUAAUUUAUUCAUUUUUUUGCAUGGAAAUGUUUCUCCUUGGUGAGUUGAAAUUUAAAAAAAUGAGAAAUUAUUCCCUAGAGUGGCCCCUUGCAAUCUUUGGUGCCCCUUAUAGAGAUAAUGUGGCCUUUAAAAGGGCAACCUUCAAAUGCCUCUUUGGAUUUCUGGCAAAAAGGGUCCUUUUUUCGAAAUUUGGCGAUUUUUAACUGAAAUUUUCGAUUUUCCCAAAUUUUUUCAACUUUUUCAUAUUUUUUUUCCCUGUAGGGCUCGACAAAGUUCUUCAAAUUCGCCAUGUUGAAAUGCGACCUGCAGCUGUUCCGCAAGAAUCGCGUCGAAUGGAUCAAUAAAUGGAAGAAAAAGAAAUGA